GGGUGGUGGCGAGAGAUAGAAUAGGGGGUGGGCCGAGGCCCAAGCUCAGGACUGGAAAAGAGGAGACGCCAGGGGAGUGGAAUGGAUAGAUGGAUGGGUGGGAAUCUAGAUGCUCAGUUCGGCACUCCAUCCUUCACGUCCCCACCCUGUCCUCAUGACCCCACCGCCACCAAGCCUCAGGGUCUAAGAAGGGGUGGCAGACUGACCACCUCCCCCCUUCCCUAGCGGGGUGCAAUGUACGCAAGUAGGCCCUGGGAACAACUCCUCAUCUGUAGGUGUGUCCAGUUCCAUAGCGGCUUUCUGUGUGUCUGGAGGUCUGUGUGUGCCUGUGGGUGUGUCGGUGGGUGUUUGUGUCUCUGUGUGUGUUUGCUGUUCCUAGGUUUAUGUUUACCUAUGCUCCGGUAUAUGUCUGGUCCUCUGUUUGUAGAUAUGGGUCUGUGGUUGGGUGGUUUUAUACAUCUCAAUGUGUGUCUGUGUGGCUUUGGGUUGCUAUAUGUUUGUGGGGCUUGUCUCUGUGUGUGGUGAAUCAGGAUGUAUUUACACAGGAUGAAAAUCUGUGUCAAUCUGAUCUCCAGAAUGUAUGUAUGGCGCUGAGCACCUUUGUCAGGGUGUGUGACUCUGGGUACACACACAUGACUAUGUUUGUCUGUCUGUCUUGUCUUGUCUUGGGGGGAGGGGGGCGGUGAGGUAUCCUAGAGGCUCUUAGGUUUUCUGUGCCUGUCUGUGUUUUCUUCUCUGAAGGCCCAAAGUCAUCUCUACUCCUUUUUUCCCUUCUCAUUCAUUCCUGAUCCCCACCCAUCCCCAUAUCUUCCUUUAUCUCCUCACCCAUCCCCCUCUUCAAGUGGAUCCGGGACCCAGGGAGGGCCGCCCCCCGGGCCUGGUGGCACUGAGCAGGGCCCCCCAGCCCCCACCUCUUGCCCCACGACAUGAACCUCCUCUAUCGAAAAACCAAGCUGGAGUGGAGACAGCACAAGGAAGAAGAGGCCAAAAGGAGUUCCAGUAAAGAGGUGGCCCCUGCAGGCCCGGCAGGGCCUGGGGCAGGCCCAGGGUCUGGGGUCCGAGUGAGGGACAUCUCCUCACUGCGCCGCUCCCUCAGGAUGGGGUUCAUGACAAUGCCCGCCUCCCAGGAGCACACCCCUCACCCCUGCCGCAGUGCCAUGGCCCCACGCUCCCUCUCCUGCCACUCUGUGGGCAGCAUGGACAGUGCAGGGGGAGGGCCUGGGGGGAGUGGGGGGGGUCUCACAGAAGACAACAGCGGCCGAAGACCCCCAGCCAAGCCCCAGAGACACCCCAGCACCAAGCUCAGCAUGGCAGGAUCAGGGGUGGAGACACCCCCCAGCAAGAAGGCAGGCUCACAAAAGCCAACCCCAGAGGGCCGAGAUUCCAGCCGGAAGGUCCCUCCGCAGAAGCCGAGGCGAAGCCCCCAUACCCAGCUCUCCGUCUCCUCUGAUGAGACCUGCCCUUCAGCCCCCUCAAGUCGAGGGGGGAACCUGGCCCUGCAGCGCCUUAGCCGGGGGUCCCGAGUAGCCGGGGACCCUGAUGCUGGUGCCCAGGAAGAAGAGCCCGUUUACAUCGAGAUGGUGGGAGACGUCUUCAGGGGUGGGGGAGGACGCAGUGGAGGGGGUCUGACAGGGACCCCCCUCGGGGGUGGGGGCCCAACCCCUCCAGCUGGUGCGGACUCGGACUCCGAUGACAGCGAGGCUAUUUAUGAGGAGAUGAAGUACCCCCUCCCCGAAGAGGCAGCAGAAGGCCGGGCCAAUGGGGUCCCCCCAUUGAUGGCGACCUCCCCUCCACCCCAGCCCCACGCCCACCGCCGGCCAGCAUCGGCCCUCCCCAGCCGGAGGGAAGGGACACCCACCAAGACCACUCCUUGUGAAAUCCCCCCACCCUUCCCUAACCUCCUUCAGCACCGGCCUCCCCUCCUGGCCUUCCCCCAAGCCAAGUCCGCUACCCGAACCCCUGGCGAUGGGGUCUCUAGGCUGCCUGUCCUCUGCCACUCCAAGGAGCCAGCAGGUUCCACCCCAGCCCCCCAAGUGCCUGCACGAGAGCGGGAGACACCUCCCCUGCCACCGCCUCCUCCAGCUGCCAACCUCCUCCUGCUGGGACCCUCAGGCCGAGCCCGGAGUCAUUCGACGCCCCUGCCUCCCCAGGGCUCUGGCCAGUCCCGGGGAGAGCGGGAACUCCCCAACUCCCACAGCAUGAUCUGCCCUAAGGCGGUGGGGGCACCGGGAGCCCCGCCUGGCCCAGCCGCCUUGCUCCCCGGCCCCCCCAAGGACAAAGCUGUGUCAUACACCAUGGUGUACUCAGCAGUCAAGGUGACCACGCACUCCGUCCUGCCAGCCGGCCCACCCCUGGGUAUCGGGGAGCCAAAGACGGAGAAGGAGAUCUCAGUCCUCCAUGGCAUGCUGUGUACCAGCUCCAGGCCCCCCGUGCCAGGGAAAUCCAGCCCCCACAGUGGGGUGAUGGGCGUAGCCCCUGGGGUCCUCCAUCACCGUGGUUGCCUGGCUUCACCCCACGGCCUCCCGGACCCAACCGCAACACCCCUGACCCCUCUCUGGACCUACCCAGCCACAGCAGCUGGGCUCAAGAGACCCCCUGCCUAUGAGAGUCUCAAGGCUGGGGGGGUGCUGAAUAAGGGCUGUGGGGUGGGGGCCCCGGCCCCUAUGGUCAAGAUCCAGCUGCAGGAACAAGGGACCGAGGGGGGUGCCUUUGCCAGCAUCUCCUGUGCCCACGUCAUCGCCAGCGCAGGGACGCCAGAGGAAGAAGAGGAGAUGGGCGCCACAUUUGGGGCAGGCUGGGCUCUGCAGAGGAAGGUCCUCUAUGGAGGGCGGAAGGCAAAGGAGCUGGACACAGAGGUAGAAGACAGUGCCCGGGCCUGGAAUGGCAGUGUCGAAGGUCCAGGCAAGGUGGAGCGUGAGGACCGGAGUCCUAUGGCCUCAGGAAUCCCUGUGAGGAGCCAGGGAGCAGAGGGCCUGCUGGCCAGGAUCCACCACCACAGAGGAGGGAGCCGUACUGCGCUGCCCAUACCCUGCCAGACCUUCCCGGCCUGCCACCGAAAUGGAGACUUCACGGGAGGCUACCGACUGGGCCGCUCUGCCUCCACCUCUGGAGUCCGGCAGGCCGCGCUCCACACACCCCGGCCCUGCAGCCAGCCCAGGGAUGCCCUGAGCCAGAUGCACCCCGAGCUGCCGCUGCCGCUGCCCCUGCCACCCCCGCCGGCCCGCGAGCGCGACGGCAAGCUGCUGGAGGUGAUCGAACGCAAGCGCUGCGUGUGCAAGGAGAUCAAGGCCCGCCACCGCCCCGACCGCGGCCUCUGCAAGCAGGAGAGCAUGCCCAUCCUCCCUAGCUGGCGGCGGGGACCCGAGCCCCGCAAGUCCGGCACCCCGCCCUGCCGCCGGCAGCACACCGUCCUCUGGGACACCGCCAUCUGAGGAGGGCGGGGCGCCGGAGGACACCUGACCGGAAGGGGCGGGGCCUGAUGCUUGAGUGACAGGAGGACCAGGGACCACCCUGACCUUCCA